CCUCUAUCAGUUUCACUAAUGCAUAAGAAGUCAUUAACCAUAAUUGUUAAUAAAGCACCACCACAUGUCACGAAAGAGCACCACCGUGUUUUAGCAUUCCAUACCGCCCCUACACGAGAAAAAGAUUCAAGAAAACGUGUCGUUAUUACCGGGAUGGGUGUGGUCUCAGUGCUUGGAAAUGAUGUUGAUAUAUUCCACCAGAGACUCUUAGCAGGGGAGAACGGGAUAACUUUAAUAGAUAAAUUCGAUACUUCAAACCUUCCAACAACGUUUGGGGGUCAGAUUCGUGAUUUCUGCUCAAAUGUGUACAUUGAAGGCAAAAAUGACCAAAGAGUUGAUGAUAGUCAUAGGUACUGCAUUAUUGCUGGAAGAAAAGCUCUUGAAGAUGCCGGUCUUGGUGUUUGUGAACGCUCCAAGAUUGAUAAAGAGCGCGCAGGUGUACUUGUUGGAACAGGAUUUGGAGGUCUAUCCUCAUAUUCUGAUACUGUGGAGUCUUUCAUAGAGAGUGGUUGUAGGAAAAGAAAAUAUGUUUUCUCACCUUAUGUUAUCAACACCGCUCCGGCCUUACUUGCUAUUGAUAUUGGCUUUAUGGGACCAAACUACGCGAUAUCAGCUGCUUGUGCAACAUCCAACUAUUGCUUGUGUGCUGCUGCAAAUCAUAUCCGUGAAGGAGAGGCGGAUUUGAUGAUUUCUGGUGGCGUGGAAGCAUCAUUUGUUCCAUUCGGAGUGGCAUCUCUUGCAGCCACUACAGCAGUCUCAAGAAGAAACCAUGAUCACCAGACGGCUUCAAGACCAUGGGACAAAGAUAGAGAUGGCUUUGUCAUUGGGGAAGGUGCUGGAGUUUUGAUAAUGGAGAGUUUAGAACAUGCAAUGAGAAGGGAUGCACCAAUACUUGCUGAAUACCUUGGAGGUGCAGCAAAUUGUGAUGCAUAUCAUAUAACAAAUCCACAACCCGAUGGGUUUGGUGUUUCAUCUUGUAUCCAGAGCAGUCUUUUGGAUGCUGGUGUGUCUAUAGAGGAGGUAAACUAUAUUAAUGCUCACGCAACUUCGACGGUGGCUGGGGAUGUGGCUGAGGCUAAGGCCAUCAAUAAUGUAUUCAAGAAUACAAAAGAACUUAAAGUCAAUGCCACAAAGUCCAUAAUUGGACACUGUUUGGCAGCAGCAGGAAGUAUAGAAGCAAUUGCUACAAUCAAAGCAAUACAAACAGGAUGGUUGCAUCCUACCAUUAAUCAAUUUAACUUAGAACCCCAAGUAGAAUUUGACACUGUUGCAAUCACAAAGCAACAAUAUGAAAUCAAUGUUGCAAUUUCAAAUUCAUUUGGUUUUGGUGGACACAACUCUGUUGUAGCAUUCUCAGCAUUCAAAGGGUGAUAUGAUCAACAAGAGCUCCAUAAAUUUCAUUUCAUAUCUAGCCAUUGAAUAGCCCAUGGGUUACAUGUUUUUUGUAUACUAGUAUUUAAUCUUAUUCGUCGUUUCUAUAUUAAGGUGUUUUGG